UAAUCAUACGGUUGUCUGGAAAGGGUCGUCCCGAGGUGGAGACAAAAGCUCGCAUAAAAGAAGGGAAGAAACAGGGCAGGCUCUGUUCUUCCUCUCUCGGGCUACUAACUCCGCCGCCGCCGCCACCGCCACCAUGUUCUCCGGUGAACCUUUGCCUUAAACUAUCCUUUAGGUUGACGGAGAUUUUGAAGGCUAUGCCUUUCGUUUCUGCGUUCGACUGCUUUAGUCACUUCUUCGUCAUCUUCUAUUCGCUCGCAGCCGCCGUCGCCGCCCAGCAGUCGGAUGCCGACAGCUGGACUCCGCCCAACGUCGGCGUCUCUUUCCGGCCCAGCGUUGCUAUCGUGAUCGGAGUAUUCUCCCUCAUGUUCUCCCUCACUUUCCUUCUCCUCAUCUACGCCAAGUUCUGCCACACCAACUCAGCCGCCGCGGCCGCCGACGCUUCCUCCGAGCUCUUCGGCGCCGACGCCUCCGGACAUGGGCGCUUCCUUAUCGCCGGGAUGCACCGUUCCUCCGGCAUCGGUAAGACCGUCAUCGAAUCCCUCCCGUUCUUCCGAUUCUCCUCGCUGCGCGGAGUUAGGUCCGGUCUCGAGUGUGCCGUCUGCCUCUCCAAGUUCACCGACGCUGAGCUGCUCCGCCUGUUGCCCAAGUGCCGGCACGCCUUCCACCUCGCCUGCGUCGACCGGUGGCUCGAGUCCCACUCCAGCUGUCCCCUCUGUCGUGCCAAGGUCAAAGCAGAGGACGCCGCCCUGUUCAAGUACUCCACUAGCGCCCGCCUCCUCUUCGCCUCCGACUCCAGCGACGCCCUCGAUCUGUUCGUGGAGCGAGAGAUCGACGGCGAAGCUGACUCCCUCAUCGGCUCCUCCAGGUUCAGCUUCCGCAAGUCCACCGACAGAGCCUCCGUCAAAUUAGGGCAAAAUGACCACGAGCUGCCAAUGCUGGAAACCGGCGACGACCGAGACCGAUUUCUCCAUAAGUUCAAGCACAAGAUCAUCGUCUCCGACGUCGUCUUCAAAAGCCGGUGGAGCGACGUCAACUCCUCCGACUUGAUGACCCUGAACUCGGAGAUGCUUGCCACAGAUUGGAAUCCGGAGCCGAUCGCGUCCGCCGCCGUAAGAAAAGCCUCGAUCGACGGCAAGGCGAUCAAGCUCAAGGAAGAGAUGGAGAAGAAGCGACUGCUCGAGAUCAAAGCGAGCCAAAUCCACAAUACCCAUUCCGCCGCCGCUCUCUCCGCCAUUCCAUCGAACACUUCCUGGGCUGCGCCGGCGCUCACCUCGUCGCCCAACCGAUCCAUGUCCGAAAUCACGAACCUACCGCGGUUCCGGCAGCAGGCGAGAUCGGACGAAGGGGACGAGAAGGUGCGACGGGUGUGGCUGCCGAUCGCGAGGCGGACGGUGCAGUGGCUCGCCGGAAGGGAUCAGAGACGGCCGCCGGAGACCGAAAGCAGCCACCGCGCGGCAGCUGUUUGACGAAACUCCUCACA